GGCAUUCGGGCAGCGAUGCAUCGCGUCGCCCGCGUUUGGUCGCAGUCGCAGGCCUCAUGGGCGCGGCCGGCCCGUAUUCGUAUUUUUCUGCGCCAGCCCGCGACCGCCACGGCCACACAAAGGGUGCCCCGCGAGUUCGCAGUGCCGGAGGUCGACGCCUUUGCGAAGGAUGCGUUAUUCGGCGAGUCACAGAUAAUUUCAACCAAGUUCUUGGGUCAAAGCGUGCUCGCGUCGCCACUGCACCCGACGUUUGGCGUGCGUAUCGACGGCUGCCGCCUCGCAGAACUGAUGCACGACCCGCCGGCCCUCGCCACAACUCUGCGCCAGCUGCUGCAGUCGCAAAAGAUGGUCGUCUUCAGCGGCCAGUCUGAGCUCGAGCCGGAGGCGCACGUCGCCCUGUGCAAGCUCCUCGGCGGCAGCGCCGGUCUCGACGACACCUUCAGCAGCAACCACGCCGCCGGCCUCUCCGAGGAGGAGGGAGGCCACUGGCCUGGCGACGGCGGCGGCGGCGGCCUGGCGCUGCGGCCGACGGCAAACGCGUACGAAGCCCUGCCGCCCGCCGUCUGGCCGAUCUCGAACCAGCCCGAUCGGGGCACCGUCAACGCCGGCGACGGCGGCUUCCACUGCGACGGCGCCUGGUUCGGCGACCACUUUCGGUACAUGUCGUUUUUGUGCCGCAGCCAGCUUUCUCACGGAGGAGGGCACACCUUCUUCGCCUCGAGCGAGGCGCUGCUGCGGGCGCUGGGGCCGGAGGAGCGGCACUUCCUCGCGGGGGUGCUCGUCGAGUACACGGACCGGAUGGUCUACCCCGGCGGCAACUCCAUCAACCCGUCGGGCGGCAGACCGACCGUGAUUCCUCUCGUCAGCGAGUCCG